UGUGGUUUGAAUGCAAUGGUAUUCAAGUAUUGUAUAAUAAACUGAGUGUUAGUGCUAUUGACACCAAAUGUAUACCAAAUAAGACCCCAAUUGUGACGUAUGUUUGAAAAUAUGGCAAAAAUAGGACUCAAUUGAGUCAAUCAUAUGAAUGAAUUAUAGACUGAUUUGAUGAGACAUUAACUCAUUGAUUGUGAUUAUAGUUAAUGUGAUAUCAAUUAGCAAUCAAUGGACACAAUGGCGAGUAUUGAGACCAAUGAUCAACAAAUUGUUUCCAUCAUACCAAUGACAUCACUGUUCACUUCAAAUGUGGUUAAAUCAACAGAUGAAGAGUUAAGUGAAGAGUCGACAACAAUGAGAGCGAUGUAUGAGAAGACCAAAGAGCAGUGCGUUUGUCAUUUCGACUCGUGGUCUGAAUCGGAUCAGACAGACUUCGUUCAGUACUUACUCUCGAAGAUGUCUCACUGCCAACACUCGCAAAUUAAUUGUUAUCUCAAACCAAUGCUUCAAAGAGAUUUCAUUUCAUUACUUCCGAAGAAAGGUUUAGAUCACGUGGCGGAGAGUGUAUUAUCUUAUUUGGACGCAAAGUCUUUAUGUGCCGCAGAGUUGGUCUGCAAAGAGUGGUAUAGAGUUAUCUCUGAAGGUAUGCUUUGGAAGAAAUUAAUUGAAAGCCGAGUUCGCACAGACACUCUUUGGCGAGGAUUAGCUCAUAGGCGCGGGUGGAUUCGCUAUUUAUUUAAACCAAAUGCUGGCGAACAACAUCCCGAUCAUAUGUUUUACCGAAGAUUAUUUCCAAAGAUAAUUCAAGACAUCGACAAUACUGAAAACAAUUGGAGAACAGGUCGUCAUAAUUUGCAAAGAAUUAAUUGUAGGUCUGAAUCAAGCAAAGGUGUCUAUUGUCUUCAAUAUGAUGACCAUAAGAUUAUUAGUGGAUUAAGAGAUAAUACUAUUAAAAUAUGGGAUCGUUCGACACUUCAGUGCUCUAAAAUAUUAACAGGACAUACAGGUUCUGUACUAUGUCUUCAAUAUGAUGAUAAAGUUAUAAUAAGUGGUUCCAGUGAUGCCACAGUUCGUGUUUGGGAAGUGAAUUCAGGACAAAUGGUUACAACAUUAAUACAUCAUUGCGAGGCUGUACUGCAUUUGAGAUUUAAUAAUGGAAUGAUGGUUACCUGUUCAAAGGACAGGUCCAUUGCUGUCUGGGAUAUGGUGUCACCAUCUGAUAUCAAUUUAAGACGUGUUCUUGUUGGCCAUCGUGCCGCUGUCAAUGUUGUUGAUUUUGAUGAGAAAUAUAUAGUAUCAGCUUCUGGUGACCGAACCAUCAAAGUGUGGAAUACUUCUAACUGCGAAUUUGUGCGAACUCUUAAUGGACAUAAACGAGGCAUCGCUUGUCUUCAAUAUCGUGACAGACUUGUUGUCAGCGGAAGUUCAGACAACACUAUCAGGUUGUGGGACAUUGAAUGUGGUACUUGUUUGAGAGCACUUGAUGGACACGAAGAGUUAGUUAGAUGUAUUAGAUUUGAUAACAAACGAAUUGUCAGCGGAGCUUAUGAUGGUAAAAUAAAAGUAUGGGAUUUGGCGGCAGCUCUGGAUCCUCGGUCACCGGCAUCUGCAUUAUGUUUGAAGACAUUAAUAGAACACACGGGUCGGGUGUUUAGACUACAGUUUGAUGAGUUUCAGAUCGUUAGCUCAUCACAUGACGACACUAUAUUAAUAUGGGAUUUCUUGAGCCCAGAGAACCCACACCCGGCGCCUACACCUAAAAGCAUUCACUCGCCCUCCAAAUCUUAUGCCUGCAGUUAUGCUUCAUAACCAAUGGUAACUUAUAUAUGCUUUAAUUAUAAAAUAUUUUAAUCAUUUAUAUGUAUGAUUAUGAAAUUACAUUAUAAUUUUUCACUUUUAGCUAUAAUAUUGAUAGUUAGGUUUUAUUUUGUAUUUUUUUCAAUUUAUUAUAAUUGAGUUAAUUAGAAAUUGUUGGACAGGUCUUUAAUCUAUCGAUUUUAUACCAUUUAUUUUGAAUAUCAUUCCAAAUCUAAUUAAACUCAAUAUAAACUCGAAUUGUAUUUCAUUUCUUACAUUUUGUCCAAUCAGUAGAUCAUUAAUAAAUAUAAACUAAGUUAUAAUU